GUGCUCAGUGGGUUUUACGGUGCGGUUCGCUGUGCGCAAAUCUCUCGUUGCGAUUCUGUGAUAUUCGUGUGCUUGGAUCCCAUUCAGGAUCUUGUCUGCUUCACUCUCUCCGCAUUAAAUAUAGCUUAACUCUAAAUAUAAUUUUUAAACCCAUAAAUACUACUACACUAGACAAAAUGCUGCUUAAUAGCUGCAAAGCACUUCGCAACAGUUUUUCAAGCAAUGCCUGGAGGGCGGCCAGUACCCAUGGACCCCGACAACCAGUGAGUUUGUUAUCGCCGGAGAAGCGCUUGGAGAAGGCCCAUCCUCAGUUUACGGAACGUAGUCAGCUUAAAUAUGCCCGGCGUCUGGUGGUCAAGUUGGGCAGUGCGGUGAUUACACGAGAGGACAAUCAUGGCUUGGCUUUGGGUCGUUUAGCAUCCAUUGUGGAGCAGGUGGCCGAGUGCCAUUUAGAGGGUCGUGAGGUCAUCAUGGUGACCAGUGGUGCUGUGGCGUUUGGAAAACAGAAACUUGCCCAGGAGCUGCUCAUGUCGUUGUCGAUGCGCGAAACGCUGAAUCCGAAGGACACCAAGGAGUUCGAUGGCGCCACGUUGGAGCCACGUGCGGCUGCUGCGGUGGGUCAAUCGGGUCUUAUGUCACUCUACGAUGCGAUGUUUGCGCAGUAUGGCGUCAAGAUUGCGCAGGUUCUGGUGACCAAGCCGGACUUCUACAACGAGGAGACACGCAACAAUCUCUUCUCGACACUCUCCGAAUUAAUUAGCCUAAAUAUUGUGCCAAUCAUCAACACGAACGAUGCCGUCUCCCCACCCAUGUUUAUACGUGACGAUGAGCCAGCCGGAGGCGCACGAAAGGGCAUACCCAUUAAAGACAACGACAGUCUGUCGGCCAUGCUUGCCGCUGAGGUGCAAGCGGAUCUGCUCAUCCUUAUGUCCGAUGUCGAUGGCAUCUACAACAAGCCCCCCUGGGAAGAUGGCGCUAAACUGAUGCACACCUACACCAGCGAUGAUGUGAAUAGCAUUGAGUAUGGCACGAAGUCAAAGGUGGGAACUGGCGGCAUGGACGCCAAGGUGAAGGCAGCUACCUGGGCCUUGGAUCGGGGCGUCAGCGUUGUUAUUUGCAACGGCAUGCAGGAGAAGGCUAUUAAGACAAUCGUGGGUGGCAGGAAAGUUGGCACAUUCUUUACUGAGUCAACAGAGAGCGCCAAUACGGUGCCAGUCGAAGUGAUGGCAGAGAAUGCUCGCAUAGGCAGUCGACAAAUGCAGGCGUUGAGUGCCGCCGAACGUGCCACAGCCGUCAGCAAUUUGGCCGAUCUGCUGGUUAGCCGAGAGAAGUUUAUUUUGGAGGCGAAUGCCAAGGACUUGGCCGAGGCGCAGAGGAGUGGAUUGGCAAAGCCGUUGUUGUCCCGCCUGUCGCUCAACUCGGCGAAAUUGAAGAACCUGUCGGUUGGCUUGAAGCAGAUUGCCGAGGACAGUCACAAGAAUGUGGGUCGCGUCUUGCGUCGCACACGUUUGGCGGACGGGCUGGAACUGAAGCAAGUGACGGUGCCAAUCGGCGUCCUGCUGGUGAUCUUCGAGUCCCGCCCAGAUUCGCUGCCUCAAGUGGCUGCCCUGGCAAUGGCCUCGGCCAACGGUCUGCUGCUCAAGGGCGGCAAGGAGGCCGCGCACAGCAACAAGGCGCUGAUGGAGCUGGUCAAGGAGGCGCUGACCAGUGUGGGUGCCGAGCAUGCCGUGUCCCUCGUUUCCACUCGCGAGGAGAUAAGCGAUUUGCUGGCAAUGGAGAGUCACAUUGAUUUGAUCAUACCACGUGGUUCCUCGGAGCUGGUGCGCAACAUUCAGGAACAGUCCCUCCACAUUCCCGUUCUGGGACACGCCGAAGGCGUUUGCCACGUCUUUAUCGACAAGGACGCCGAUUUGAACAAGGCUCUGCACAUCGCUCGAGAUGCCAAAUGCGAUUAUCCAGCAGCCUGCAAUGCAAUGGAAACGCUUCUCAUACACGAGGAUCUAAUGAGCGGCGAGAUUUUCAACGAUGUCUGCAACAUGCUGAAGCGGGAGGGUGUCAAAAUAUAUGCGGGGCCGCGUCUAAAUCAGCAGCUGACAUUCGGACCGCCUGCGGCAAAGAGUCUGAGGCACGAAUACGGUGCACUGGAGUGCUGCAUUGAGAUUGUGCCCAGUUUGGAGGAGGCCAUUAAUCACAUACAUACAUACGGAAGCGGUCACACGGAUGUCAUUGUUACGGAAAAUGAUGCCGCCGCAAAGCAUUUUCUUGGCAGCGUAGACAGCGCCUGUGUUUUCCACAAUGCGAGCUCGCGUUUUGCGGAUGGUUUCCGGUUUGGACUUGGCGCCGAGGUGGGCAUCUCAACGGCUCGGAUUCAUGCACGCGGCCCCGUGGGUGUCGAGGGCCUGUUAACCACCAAAUGGAUACUCAACGGUCAGGAUCAUGCGGCGGCAGACUUUGCCGAUGGCGGACAACGCAACUGGCUGCACCAGUCACUGCCCAUUGAUUAGUUUUGUAGGUCUGUAAGCCUGUUGUUGUUAUUGAUAAAUCUUGUAAAUACUUUGUGCGUGUAGUAUGGUAAUUGAAAGUAAAUCGUGCUUUUGGCAACAUG